AUGACCUUUACAGGUGGGAAAGAUAGCAGCAAACGGAAGAGAAGCAGCGAACAAUCGGAAAAGAAGGCAAAAACUGAAAGCCGGAGUUACGAGAAAGAAGUUCGUGAAAAAUUGAAAGCGAAAUUGGUCGAAAAUGAUGUAGAAUCAUCAAAGUCCAUUCGAUCAACAUUAGCAUCGAAAUCAACAAAAUCCGAUAAGUCCAAGGUACAUUAG